AUGUCUGAUGCACACAAAAUUCUUAAAGCAAUAUGUAUUGUUGCACUUAACGAAACUGAAGGUACUUCGGGCAGUACUAACAUCGAAACCCCAUCUGAAAAGUGUAAAAGUUUUUUACGGAGGGUAAUCGGUUACGAAAACAUGAAUGACCAUAUUGGCAACGAAUAUGAGACUGAUGAUAUUAUGAAUUUUGAAGAUCUGUCAAAUAACAAUUUCUGUGAAUGGGGUAGGGCUAUAGAGACUGAGACUGAGGCUAGAAAUGAAAUUGUUAGGGGAAAUCGUGAUAACUGCCAAUUCCUUCCUGCACUGAUUCCAAAAAUAAUAUCUCUCCUGAAAACAUUUCCUCUAUGGUCUUCAGUAAUGUCGACUGAACAUUUUCCGAAUGCACACUCUACUGCUUCUAAUGCACCAGUAGAAAGUAAUUUCAACAAUUUAAAGAACAGGACCUUCGCAGAUGAACAUUUACCCAUCAGAAUAGAUGAAUUUUUAACCAAACAUAUCUCAUCACUUGAAGGUGCUAUGAAGAUAGCGAUGGCGCAACCAUCAUUUGAAACCGUAGAAACCGCAGAAACCGCCAAAGAUGAAUCUUUGCACAACAUUUCCAGUAUUCAACAAAGCCCAACGGAAGUUUUAUCAGAUUUGUUUCUCACAGCUCCAGCUGACUACGACAUCGCUGGUGAAGAAAUACGUGCGCAAGAAAACUGGGGUGGACUAGUUAUUCCAAGUAAACGAAAACGACGCAGUUACUUGGAAAAAAAUAGCGAAUGGCUCCACAUAGACUUACCUACAACAAAAAGUCAGUGUUGUUCCAAUUGGAAUUUUGAGGAACGGUAA